AUGUACCAGCUCUCCGACGAUAGCAAGUUCGUUACAAUACCUCCCUCAUACAACACCAUUUCUACGUCAGCAGAUCCAGUCCAAUGCCCACCAUCUAUAUGUUCCUUGCUGCAAACAAGGCAGAAACAAAAAGCCGUUCUAUCUCGCAUCCGUGAUAUUGUCUCCUCUCCCGAUUUCACCCCCUCAUCUGUCGCCCCUGCUGUCAGCGCCUGUGCUGCUGAUCUCCCAGCCGCAGUGUUCUCCUACCUCCUGCAAACACCCAAUAUUGAGGGUCAUACAGCACUGUAUUGGGCGAUCGUGAAUGACCGGCGAGAAGCUUUUUCAGCGUUCAUUGCAUUCAUUCCCCGAUUUUCUUCUGUUUGCGCUUCCGACUUGCGUCUCGCGUGCAUGGCAACUAAUGACCAGGCGCUGUUUGCGCAUCUGAAUUUGGGAAAUUUUCAGUCACUCAAGGACGAACCUUUGAGACGCUCUUUGGGUUGUCCGCCAGAUGAGGUUCAGGUGUAUGAAGGGAAUGAACCGAACAAGUUUGUUGCUUGUAUCCGCAUCAGGAUGUUCCAGAAACGCUGA